UUUGGAUUUUCUUCUUGAGCCUUAGUCGCAAGACUCGCAACUAGCAAGGAAGCUUCUUCUUAUUUGAUAUUUUCAAAGGCAUAGAAUCUGCUUGUUCUUGGAGGAUUUAUUUAUUUAGUUUUCAAUCUUCAAUUGAAACUUAGCGACGAAGUUUCUGAGUUUCAGAAUUUCAAUCACUGUUGCUGAAGACUUCAUAGAAAAUAGCAUUACUCUUAGGUGCUCCUGCUCCCUGCAACCUUGAUAACUGGGAUGGGAUGGGGAAACACCUGCAAAAGGCGCGUGAAAGUAUUCACGCUUGCUUUGAUAAUCUACUUCGACUAUAAGGCUUUACAGCAGAGGGAGAAGUGGAUUAACAAAUCUAAAAGAGCUUUCUUAUGGGAAAGAGCUCAUGAGCGCAACGCUAAGCGAGUACUCAAUCUGAUACUACAGUUAGAAGGUCUGUGGGUAAAACUUGGUCAGUACCUAUCUACACGUGCAGAUGUACUUCCUGAGGCCUAUAUAUUCCUCCUCAAGCAGCUACAAGACUCCCUUCCCCCACGCCCUUUGCAAGAGGUUUGCCAGACUAUAGAGAAAGAGCUGGGGAAACCCAUGGAUGAUAUCUUCUCAUAUUUUUCCAAAACACCUCUUGCAACUGCAUCAAUAGCACAAGUUCACCGUGCAACUCUGAGUAAUGGGCAGGAGGUGGUCGUUAAAAUUCAACACGAGGGGAUCAAGACAGUCAUAUUAGAGGACUUAAAAGAUGCGAAGUCAAUAGUAGACUGGAUAGCCUGGGCUGAACCACAGUAUAACUUCAACCCAAUUAUUGAUGAGUGGUGUAAGGAAAUGCCUAAAGAACUGGACUUUAACCAUGAAGCUGAAAAUACAAGAACAGUCUCCAGAAACUUAGGCUGUAAAAGCAGACAAGAUGGUUCUACUUCUGAAAAUCACACAGAUGUAUUGAUUCCGGAAGUUAUUCAGUCAUCUGAGAAGAUUCUCAUUCUCGAUUUUAUGGAUGGAAUUCGUCUAAAUGACAUUGAGUCUCUGGAAGCUUUUGGUGUUGACAAACAAAAGCUUGUUGAAGAAAUCACUCGUGCGUAUGCCCAUCAAAUUUAUGUUGAUGGAUUUUUCAAUGGUGACCCUCAUCCUGGGAAUUUUCUUGUGAGCAAAGAACCCCCACAUCGCCCAAUUUUACUCGACUUUGGGCUUACAAAGUCAUUGUCAAGUUCUAUGAAGCACGCACUAGCAAAAAUGUUUCUAGCAUCUGCUGAGGGAGAUCAUGUAGCACUAUUGUCAGCCUUUGCAGAGAUGGGACUAAGGUUGCGCCUGGACAUGCCAGAGCAGGCUAUGCAGAUCACAAGUGUACUCUUUCGUACUUCCACCCCAGCUAGUGAAGCCUUUGAAAACAUGAAAUCUUUAAAUGAACAAAGAACAAAAAAUAUGAAGGCCAUCCAGGAAAAGAUGAAACUGGACAAAAAAGAAGUCAAACGCUUUAACCCUGUUGAUGCUUUUCCAGGUGAUGCUGUGAUAUUUGGACGUGUUUUAAAUCUUCUCCGAGGGCUUUCAUCCAUCAUGAAUGUUCGCAUUGUGUAUUUGGAUAUAAUGAGGCCAUUUGCUGAAGCUGCUUUACAAGGAAACAUUGAGAAGGGACUGGCAACAAAUGCACACUGGAUCCAUGACACACCUGUUCAAUCUGAUGUGGAGGCCAAGCUGAGGCAAUUCUUAGUUCAGCUCGGCACUGAUGAUAAAAUACUAGGAAUUCAGGUAUGUGCCUACAAAGAUGGAGAAGUUAUAAUUGAUACUUCCGCUGGUCAGCUUGGAAGAUACGAUCCUCGGCCUGUUCAGCCUGACAGUCUAUUUCCUGUUUUUUCAGUAACAAAGGGGAUUACUGCAGGAAUGUUACAUUGGCUGGUUGAUAACGGGAAACUGCAACUCGAGGAAAAUAUUGCAAACAUCUGGCCACAAUUCAAAACAAAUGGAAAAGAUUCAAUAAAGGUUUGCCAUGUCCUGAACCAUACAUCUGGAUUGCACAAUGGAAUGGCUGAUGUCAGGGAAAAUCCUUUACUCAUGUGUGACUGGAAUGAAAGCUUGAACCAUAUUGCUAUGUCAGUCCCUGAAACUGAGCCUGGAAAGGAGCAGCUUUAUCAUUAUUUGUCCUUCGGCUGGUUGUGUGGAGGAAUCAUUGAGCAUGCAUCUGGAAAGAAAUUUCAAGAGGUUCUUGAAGAAGCAAUCAUUCAUCCUCUCAACAUUGAAGGCGAACUAUAUAUUGGCAUUCCUCCAGGUGUGGAAUCUCGCCUUGCAACGCUCACUUUAGAUAUAGAAGAUAUCAACAGGAUCUCAAGGUUAAGAGGCAGUUCUCUUGACCUUCCUUCCACCUUCCAGCCAGACAACAUGUUGCAGCUUGUAACAGGACUUCCUGCUCUCUUCAACACACUCAAUGUACGCCGUGCCAUUAUUCCUGCCGCCAAUGGGCAUUGCUCAGCCCGAGCUCUUGCACGCUACUAUGCAACCCUUGCUGCUGGUGGCAUGGUCCCACCACCACAUACGUCUUCCAGUCCACCACUUGGCAGCCACCCUCACAUCCCAAAAUUCCCCUCAUUGCAAUCACCAAAGAAAGAGAGAGGCAAAAAAAUCAAGGAUAUGGUUGGUCCGAAGAAGAGAGCUAAGGUUAUUGACCAUAGUAGAAAUUCUAAGAACGGUAAUGAUAGAAAGACUAGCAUUGACAAGUACACAAGGCUCUGUGCCAGUGGUAGUAGUUCUAGUAGUAGUGCUAAUACACCUGACAGUGUUGAUGGAAUUGAGAGCGACGAUCAUAGAAGAGGUGUUAACAAGAUUUUUAGUAACCCAAAGAUUCAUGACGCAUUCUUGGGUGUUGGUGACUAUGGGAAUAUAGUUUUCCCAAAUGGGAAAUUUGGGCUAGGUUUCAGGAGGUUCAGCCUGAAGGAUGGGUCCCUAAUUAGUUUUGGGCACUCGGGCAUUGGUGGAUCAACAGGUUUUUGUGACAUCGAGCAUAGGUUCGCAAUAGCAGUUACUUUGAACAAGCUCUCACUUGGGACUGUGACUGGGAAGAUAAUACAGUUGGUUUGCUCCGAGCUAAAUUUGCCUGUGCCUGAGGAGUUCGCAAAAUUUGGUGAGAAAGGACCUGAUAUAAACCAGAAUUUAGGAAGGCCAUUGAUAAAUUAAAGGAUAAAUUUUGUUAACUGUUUUUUAUUUUUUAAUUAUGUAUGUACAAACAUGUAUAUUUGUACGCAUGAUAUUCCAUAACAGCAAUUUGUCAGUUCCCAUUGCCUGUAAAACAAAGAUUCAUAAAAUAGAAUGUUGACAUAAUCCUUUUGGAUUUGAGCA